AUGACAAGUCUGCAUCCCAACUCAUCAUGUUUGCCCAGCUUGAGGACCUCAGAGCUCAGGCGCAUGGCUUCCGACUACUCCGAACGCCUGUCGUACGACGUCCUGCUGAAGGAGCGAGAUGAUUUGCAGCGAGAAGCAUCCACAGCUCACGCAGAGCUGUAUGCGGUGCUGAAGCAGAGCGACUAUCGCAGCGCGGAUGAGCUGGCGCUGGACUGCAUGGCGAGGAUGGCAGUGGAGGCUUCGCAGAUCGGAGAAUUGAUUGGAGGAGAGGUGGAGGUAGGAGGAGGAGAGGCCCCGAUCCCUGACCUUCCAACGGAGUAUGACGAGAUCAGAGUGAAGAAGAGGGUGGAGAAGAGGUGGCGGAGGAAUGGGGAGAGAGACGAGGAGUGGACAGAGGGUGUUGGAGGACGAGGAGGACAGAGGGUGUUGGAGGACGAGGAGGACGAGGACGAGGACGAGAACUACGAGUACGACAAGCUCACACAGGCGACAACGCAGCUGCGACAGGUCGAGAAGGAGAUCGAAGGGAAGGAGUGGACGAUGAAGAUGGUGUCUGAGCUGACUAAGACCCUCCUGGACCUCAAGGAAUCGCUCAUGGGCACGCAGAACAAGGCAGCAGAGAUCGAGGUUGGCUCUGCUUUACACAAGCACGUGGUCUCCGCUGUUCAGAACGCGGAGGUGCUGGAGGGCACGACGGACACCGCCAAGUCGGAUCGGGCCCGGAUGUACGAGGCGUUCCUGCUGUGCCUCAAGACUGUGGGGGAGAGGAGGGCAGAGAUGAUGCAGGACGACAUCGGGCAUGGUGACAUCGAGUCGUGGAUCGCCAAGUGGGAGGACAGGAUGGCGCGAGAUGCGGAGGACGUGAUGUCUGCUGCUCAGUCCCUCGAUGACACCAUGAAGGUCGAGGUCGAGGUUCAGAUGAGGAACGAGCGGGAGAUCGACAGCGUGGAGGUCAUGGUGGACGGCAAGGAGCAGUUCAUCCGCAAGAUGAAUGACGUCAGGAAUCGAACCCUCACUGAGAGAGAUGCCCUCCAGAUGGAUCAGAAGAGAAAUGAUCAAGUUCGGUCGAACCUGGACAACAUGUUCCAUCAGAAGCACAACUCGUCCGAGCAAAAGCUCAUGGAAAUUCGCACGCGCAAAGGAGAAUGUCGAGAUAGGAUCGAACACUACAGAGAAGAGCUCGUCAGAAUCAUGAAUUGUAUCAAGGCUGAGCAUGCUUCUAUCAGCGCGCUCUCGUCGUUCGAGAACGAAAUCAUUCAGAUCCAACAAGAGAAUGCUAGAGUCAAGGCUCUGAUCGCCAAGGACCUGACGGCAAAGAUCCGAGCCGUUGAGCUGGCCCUUGCUAGAGGAUGCAACAUCUUGGACUCAGUGAUGACCCGCAAGCACGAGCGAGAGACUGAGCUUGACAGCAAAUGUCGGGAAAUGUUCAUCCAGCAUCAUGAGGCGAACUCGAGAAUGUACCGCUACCUGUAUCAGGUUCUAUGCGACAAGGAGGACAAGCGCGAGCAGCUGCAGGAAACCAUGGAGACGCACAAGUACCACUUCGAGCAGAUAGCGAACUUCAGCGAGAUAGGACGGGUCAAGGACCUUAUGAAGCGAGUGGACGCGGACUUGGCGAGGGUGAACAGUGAAAUCCAGCAGACCUCCUCGCAGCUCAUUCAGCGUUACAAGGCUCUCUGGGACCUCGAGCGAGUUCUCUAUCAGCGCUUCAGGUUCUCAGAAGGGACCUCGCAAGAGGAAGAGAUCAACUUCGAUGCCCUUCAGGAGCAGGCGAUGAAUUCCAGCGGGAACUUCUCAUCCACUCUCACCUUGCAACCUCGUCCAAAGGCUCUCGAUCCUUUCAUCGUGUUGCGAUUCGACACCAACAUUCUCAGGAACUCACAAUUCACUGAAGGACGACAAGGUUGGACAGCCAAUGACAGCACCGAGCUUGCUCUUCGUGAAGCUGCUGAUCAUACUCCAUGCUGUGCUGCCCGCGCCCCGCCCAAGGGACAAGGCAUCCUGUUGCAGCAGAGAGACGUUCACGUCCAUCCUGAUCGAGAGUAUCUCCUGAGGUCUCGCCCCUCCUCAUCAUAA